CUCCAACAGUCUAUCUCCAACCUCAAACCCCAAAAUUUGUAUAUACCCGACACCACCAACACCUGCACCAACCUCACCAUUGAAACCUCCUCCCUCUCAAGCUCUCUCUCUCUCUCUCUCUCUCUCUCUCUCCCCCACCUUGUCUGAGUGAAUCGGCUCAAGCCAUGGCGACGGAGGGGGAAGUCAAGGCAGAGACGCCGGCGAACUUCUGGGGGGACAUGCCGGAGGAUGAGUACUACGCCUCGGAGGGAGUAGUCAACACCAAGUCCUACUUCGACACCCCCAACGGCAAGAUCUUCACCCAGAGCUUCCUGCCGCUGGACCAGACGGUCAAGGCCUCCGUCUACAUGACCCACGGCUACGGAUCCGACACCGGCUGGCUCUUCCAGAAGAUAUGCAUCAACUUCGCCACCUGGGGCUACGCCGUCUUCGCCGCUGACCUCCUCGGCCACGGCCGCUCCGACGGCAUCCGCUGCUACUUGGGUGACAUGGAGAAAAUAGCUGCCACAUCUUUACACUUCUUCACGCAUGUCCGGAAGAGCGAGCCGUACAAGGACCUCCCAGCCUUCCUGUUUGGCGAGUCCAUGGGUGGCGCCACCACAAUGCUCAUGUACUUCCAAUCGGAACCGACCACGUGGACCGGCCUGAUCUUCUCGGCGCCACUCUUUGUCAUGCCCGAGAACAUGAAACCCAGCAAGGUAUGGCUGUUCAUGUAUGGACUUCUGUUUGGUUUCGCCGACACAUGGGCGAGCAUGCCCGAUAACAAGAUGGUGGGAAAAGCCAUUAAGGAUCCCGAGAAGCUGAAGAUCAUCGCCUCGAACCCUAGGAGGUACACAGGGAAGCCAAGAGUCGGGACCAUGAGAGAGCUCGCUCGAGUCUGCCAGUACAUCCAGGACAACUUCUCAAAGGUCACGGCACCAUUCCUCACGGUGCACGGGACUGCCGAUGGUGUGACCUGCCCCACUUCAUCCCAGCUAUUGUAUGAGAAGGCGUCGAGCGAGGAUAAGACCCUGAAGCUCUACGAGGGGAUGUACCAUUCCUUGAUUCAAGGAGAGCCCGAUGAGAAUGCUAACAUCGUUUUGGGGGAUAUGAGGGAGUGGAUUGAUGAGAGGGUUAAGAGAUAUGGGCCUAAAUAGAACCUUAUUGUUAUACGUGACUUUUAAUGUCCAAGGCCCCGUAAUUCACAAAAAGAAAAAAAGAAAAAAAAAGGGUCCCAAUGUCCAGAGGAAAACUCCGAUUUAUAAAUUGUUGAUUGUGGCUAAUAUUAUCGGUGGUUUUGGUCGGAUCUGGAUAAUCUGGUGUGGUUCCUGGUUCAUUUCUUGGAUAUCAAAGUGACUUAUUUUGGAUUAUA